UCAUCGACUCUCUCUUCCCCUAUAAAUACCUCCAUCUCUUCGCCUCCUCAAUUAGAGCAAACCAGAUAAUACAAGUUGUCGACGGUUUUCAUUCAUUUCUAUUCCUAAACAUGGUUGAUUUAGAUUGUACAGCGAAAAUGGUCUCACCUGAUAUGCCCAAAAAGUCGCCCAAAUUUUCAAAUAAGCUUCAGGUUUCGAUCCCCUCUGCGUUUCGUGCCGGUGAUUUAUCGUCCGCUCCUUCGCCUGAAUGUUCAGCGUACGAGUACUACCUCCGGCUGUCGGAGCUUAAGAAGCUAUGGGAUUCGAGAGAGUUUCCGAAUUGGAAGAAUGAGUCUCUUAUCAGGCCGGCUUUGCAAGGGUUGGAGCUCACGUUCCGGUUCGUUUCCACCGUUUUGUCAGACCCCAGACCGUACGCAAAUCGUCGAGAGUGGAAGCGGAGGCUCGAGUCCUUGACGACCAAUCAGAUUCAGCUCGUAGCGAUCUUGUGCGAGGAGGAGGAAGAAGAAGGGGAGAUGCGUGGAACUGCACCCAUCUCUGAUCUAAGCUUAUCGAACGGCGUUUUGGCUCGCGAUGGGAGCUGCGCGGAGGUUUGGAAGGCUCCGGGAGCGACACCGGUGGUGAGCCGAACCAGCGAAGCGAGCUUGCUUCCAAGGCUGGCCACGUGGCCGAAAUCGGAAGAUAUUGCACAGAAAAUCAUGUACUCGAUUGAAUGCGAGAUGCGAGGGUGUCCGUACACUCUAGGUGUGGGAGAACCGAACCUCGUAGGGAAGCCAAACCUGGAGUACGACCUAGUCUGCAAGCCAUCAGAGCUUCAUUCUCUGAAGAGGAAUCCGUACGAUCACGUCGAGAACUAUGAGAACCAGACGCUGUACACCACUUCCCAGAUCUUGGAGUCAUGGAUCUACACAGCGCAACAGCUUCUCAAACGGAUAGCAGAGAGAAUCGAGGAGAGAGACUUGGAAAAAGCCUCAAGCGACUGUUGGUUGCUGGAACGAAUCUGGAAACUUCUGGCAGACAUCGAAGACCUCCAUCUCCUAAUGGACCCGGACGAUUUUCUCAGGCUGAAGAAGCAGCUCUCGAUCAAAUCCUCGCCGGAAUCAGAACCAUUCUGCUUCAGAUCACGAGGACUCGUUGAGAUCACGAAAUCGUCAAAAGAUCUGAAACACAAGGUUCCCUACCUCUUGGGCGUUGAGGUGGAUCCAAAGGGAGGGCCAAGGGUUCAGGAGGCAGUGAUGAAGCUGUACCGCGAAAAGGUAGGGUCGGAGAAGAUUCAUUUGCUUCAGGCUUUGCAGGCGAUUGAAUCAGCAUUGAAGAGGUUUUUCUAUGCAUAUAAGCAAGUGAUGGUGAUGGUCAUGGGAAGUUCGGAAGCGAGGGUGAGCCGGCCACUGUUGAGUUCCGAUUCAACGGACUCGUUGUCUCAAAUCUUCAUGGAACCCACAUAUUAUCCCAGUUUGGAUGCGGCGAAGACGUUUUUGGGAGACUUCUGGGACCAUCAACAUGGCACCUACGCUUCCAAUAGAUCAGGUCGAGCUAGGAAAUGAGGAAAGGUGGGGGAGCUUGACUCGGCUUCUCUUAGGAGUCAACUCAUUGGACCCUUGUGUCAUUCAUACCGAGUCACAGCAUCGAGUGACCAAACUUGGAUUUGCAAAACAUACGCACAUACGUGGGAAAGAAGACAUUAUUUAUUCUUUUAAUUUUCUUUUUCUUUUUUUUUUCCUUUCUUCCCAGAUGCUAUAGGCUUGAAUUGAAAAUUCUAUUACUUGUAACGUAUGAUAUUGUUUUUCACCUGUAAAAUAUUCUACUUAUCAUUCUUAAGGAUUGUAAUUUUGAAAGCUCAUGGAUGAUCACUUGUAACAAAAAA